CUUCCAUGUUCGUUAGUCUCUGUCCCUUUCCCGCUUUAAUCGGCUCUGAGGGGUUGCGAAUGCACUAGCAAUAUUUGCCUACGUACAUGCACUGCCCAUAUAACAAUGCUUUACUCUAUGCGUUUCUACAAUUAAGGACCCUUAUACUCGAAAAAUCAAUUGGUUCGCGCGCGUUGUCCAGGUAGGAGUGUUUCACUUUGAUCUGCGAGCUCGCGGGCGGAUUUGCGCUGAAUUCUAAUUAAUAAUAUCCUUUGUCUCGAGUUAUACUCCGAUAACUUAAUUUUAAUAGUUUAAUCGAAAACUUUCAAAGUGUAUCGUUCGAAAUACAUUAACAACGCCACCAAGUCCGUCAUGUCUUCGGGCCGGCGGCUUCCACGAGGGUGGCGCUCCAUGAUUAGCCGCACCACAGGUGGGGUCUUUUAUUUCAACCGAUACACGCAGACCAUGCAGUGGCACCGGCCUGGUGAUAGACCAACUAACGGGCAUACCUCGCACUCGGCCCAGCGAGAGAGGUCUCGAUCGCGCUCCCCGCAGCAGAGGCUUGCCUGCAGCCAUAUCCUUAUCAAGCAUAAGGACUGUCGCAAUCCAAUUGAUAGCAACGACAAGCCGGUCACCCGGACCAAGGAGGAAGCCAAGUUACUUGCUGCUGAAAUCCACGAGCGGAUUACAAGGGAUCUCAUCACUUUUGCUGACGCUGCUGUGGGCUUCUCCGAAUGUGCGUCUGCUCGUAACCAAGGCGACAUACAACCGAGUCUUCAAAGGGGCCGUAUGCAGCAGUCGUUUGAAGAGGCGGCCCUCGCUUUGGAAGUUGGGCAAGUGAGCGGCAUAGUGGAAUCCAGCUCUGGAUUCCAUAUCAUCAUGCGCCGCGAAUAGAUUGAGCGAAAUUUAUUUGAUAAUUUGUGUGCCAAAUGCUAAGUCGCGUAUUAUGAAUACUGUUUGUUUCAAUAAUUCAUUGCACUAAAACUUGUUUUAGUUUAGGCAUAAAAUUAUUUCAUGUUUUAAAAAAAAAGACAAAACCUGCUCCAUUUUUUUAAGCGACUUAAGUACUUUAGGAAUUUAUAACUAAGUUAUAAUGUGAUAUUUGAUAUCUGAAAGAUAUUAGUAUUAUUUUAGAUUAUUAAUUUAUUUUAAAAUAAUACAUCGACAUAAAAUUAGCUUAAUAUUAUGCUCAAUUUGGUUUAGGCCGGUACGCCGAGUACCACGUACCAAUGAUUUGAUAAUGGUCUCAAGCGUAAUUCAUACCUACUAGAUUACGUUCCGAACACUCAUUGUGCCACAACCAUUAACUGCACUGCGAUUCUUUUACAACAAACUUUUCAAGGUAUUCGAAUAGUAGGAUAACUAUAAGUACUUAUCUUUAAAUAGAGAGAUGAUAGUCUGAUUGCACCUUUCUUCAUGAUUAUAAUUGGCAACAAAAAAUACGAGCUUAAAAUUGUAUGGUAGGGAACUACGAUAAACUUUUUUAGAUUUCAGCGUGAAAGACUGAGGUCUGACUGCGAUUUUCACUGAAAUCCCUUGAUUCUUUUGUACUGAUAUUGUUAGAUGCCAAUAUGGCUCUAAUAUUGCUCUGUGUAUAAAAAAAAUAUACACAGAAUAGACCAAAGUCUAAUAGACUAAAGUAUUUUAGAAGUACUUACAAGCGGGCGUCCAAACAAGACUUUAGUCUGAUAUUUUAGGUUCCAUCUGGUAUGUGAUUGGAAACAUAAGUCGGUUAAGCUAGUUUUUAAUAUCACUUUUAUUAUAAUACUGAUAUAAUCAAUAGGAAAGUAAGUAAUACGCAGCAUGGAGACAACAAUACAGGGAAUAAUUUAGUCGCAGGAAAUUCAAUUCGUAUAAUCAAAACAUCGCGUCAAUUAAAUUUAUAUUUCUGAAGUUAGCCAUGCUAUGCCCCACGAAUGCGAAUAAAAUAGAUACGUAUUUGGACUAUUGCGAAGAAAUUUAUACUUUCGGACAAACAAACUUUCUCGUCAAGGCCUUUACCAACAAAUGCGACUGUAAAUUUCCUAGCUAAAAGAGGGCAUUAUUUUGUUUAGACGCUUUGGCUCUAAAAAAACAUCUACAUUGUUAUUACGGUAUUGUCGUCUCCGAGUCGUGAAAUAUCAUCUAGUCGUCUUAGCAAGUAAGUUAUACGUAACUUAUGAUUUUUCAAUUUUCAAUUAAUUAUUUUUUGAAAAUUUUCCUACUUUUAUACCAAACUGUGAUUUGAAUGAAUUAUAUAUUUUAUAUUCAUAUUUAUUUGUACCUAAAGGUACCUACUAAUAAUAAUUUAUCCCACUAAUUUAGCUGUAAGUCUACCUAUUUAAGUGACAAAAUUCCUAGUACUUAUAAAUUAAUUUAAGAAUUAUUAUUAUUUUUAAGCAUAUUAUAUCCCCUUGCCGUUUACGGCCCUUGAAUAAUAGGUAAGAAUCGUGUUUUUCGAUUUUCUUAGAUUGGUAUCUACACAUAGUUUAAAGCUAGCGCUUGAAGUUCUCUCUUUUCCCACAUAUUAAAGACAUCGCUAAAAGUAAUUUAGCCAGGCAAGCUCCAAAUCAGAUAGCACGAGGUGGGUAAACAAUGUGUAGUUAUCAAUUUAAAAGCAAUUGAUAUUAUAUUCAAUUAGGUGUAAUACAUAGGUGUCUAUUUAUCUGAACUGUUGUUUAUAGGUCCGCAGCGUAUUACUUUGUUUCGGUACGUAAAACAUGCUCUAGUAGACAAACGCGUUUGUCAUACCAUCAAAUCUAUAGGUGUUUUGGCAUUUUUGACUAACCAUAAGUUAAUCUUAAUUUGUUGCAAACCCUUACACCUGCCUAACACUGUACAGCACCAAUUAACAUCAUCAAACUGCAGUCCAUCUUUUGAUAAUAGCCUACUUUGCAACUCUUAGUACUUGCGCUUCGGACCUAAAACACUCCUUGGUCAAAGUCAUUACAUUCUACAAGAUUAAAACACUUUGUAGAUGAUAAAUAAUUAUAGCAUCACCUUUUUAAAGCCACCCUAAGUUCUGAGAAAAAAUAAAAAUGAAGGCUUUUUAUAUCCAAGCUACAGGGACAAGAAGUAUGGACCUACAUAAAAUUUAAAGUAGACGAGGUUUUCGAUAUAGGAGUAGGUACUAAAUCUUUACGAAAUUUUCCGUCUAUCUAACUAUAUUUUGAGUUUUCCAAAGUAAUGGCUCUACAAGGUGUAAAACAAACUGAUUUCGUGUAACGUUUCGAAUUUACAAUUUGUAUCUUGUAUCAAUAAAGGAAUAAAAAAACA